AUGGGCGCUUCCGGGAAGCUGUCCGGAUGCUGCCAGCCCGGGAAGCCGUGCAUCCACCACGGCGGCCUGAAGUCCCAAACCCUAAGCGCGGACGUCAAGCCCGAGGCGGCGGCGGGAUCGGGACGAACCGGGCGAGUCGUUCUGAUGGACCCGUCGCGAACGCCCGCGGCGAAUCCGCUGUUCGAUCCGACGGAGAACGCCAAGUACGGCGUCGACGCGACCGCGGCGCUGAAGAACGUGGACAUCGACGAGCUCCAGGCGGCCGCGGACGCGGCGACCGCGCGCGAGGACGCGGCGUUCGAGGCGCUCGUGCUGGAGAAGGAGCAGAGCGGGAGGAUCGCGCGCGGGGCGUCGUUCCUCACCGCGAAGUUCGCGCUGCAGUCGGACCCGAGGUUUAAAGCGGCGAAGCGGCGCGCUGAGGCGCUGUACAAGGCGUUCGUCGCGCGGCGGAGGAGAGAGGAGGAGGAGGAGGCGCGCGCGGCGGCGGUGGCGGUGGCGGCGGCGUCGGCGGCAGAGGAGGAAGAGGCGCCGGAGGAGAUUCCGUGCGAGUACGACGCGACGUUCACGGACGACGACGAAGAAGAAGCACCGGACGCCAAACGUCCUCGCGUCGACGACGAAGCCGACAGUGGACCCGAGUGA